CUUCCUGGCGGGGUUUCGAUCUGAAAGCGGAUGUAAACAAAACGAGAGAGCAAUUUAACGUGUUUAUAACAUAUACAAUAGACAAGUAGUGUGUUUUUUGGACAAACAAUGCUUCAUUUGUGACAGCAGCUGGACGUUUUUUUAAAGUUAUUGUCAAAGUUUUAAUAAACAGUCGUUAGAAGUGACUAACGUUACGUUAACGGUAAUUACCAAGUGUUAGUGUCAAAGGAGGAGAUAAUAACGUUAGUACCUUUAGCUGUGUUUAACUUUAAUUCACAGGUAACGUUUACCAUUAUUAAGCAAGACACCUUCACUAAUCUGUGAUGGACCCAUCUGACAACGUGGGAAAACUCAACCACAUGGUGGAGGCUGUGGCACUGAAUGAUGGUCCUGCUCCUGACAGCUCCACUGGACAGAAACCUGCAGACCUGCUGAGAAUAAAACAGCAGAUGUCCAAUCAGUGCUUCGAGAUGGCAGUACAGCUUCAUGCAGGAAAAAGUAAGAGAACGUGCAGCACAUCUGAAGCUGACAGAGACUUGCCUGAGUAUGUCAAUGAGUUGGAAAGAGUCAAGGCAGUUCAUUUUAACAGCACAUUGGCACUGCACAGGAUGCAGAUAUGGCACGCCAUCGGAGAAAAACUGAAACAGAAUGACUCAGCGGCAGUUGACCUGAAAGCUGUGAAUGAUCGCUGCAUGGCUCUUUGUUCACAAAUAAAACAACUACAGCAAGAGACAAAAGAUCUUCAAGAUGACAUCACAGAAAUACAGAAGAAGAGGCUAAAGAUGAAGCGACUCACACAUGAGAAAAUGAAAGAGAUGGAAGAGUUGAUGUCCAAGAAAGAGCACCCAGAUACAGAGAAGUACAAAGCUGCGUUGGAGAAAGGCCAGGCGAACCUGGAGAAAUACAAAAAGAUGACCAUCAUGACACAGAAUGUCCUCAGGGGCAUCCUCUUGGCCUGUAAAGUCAACUGGCUGGAUGAUCCCAAACUUCGAGACAUCGCCAUGACGCUGGAGGAAUUUCCCAUCUCUGACUAAACUCCAACUCCAUUUCUCUCAUAUUUAUAUGUGUCUGUGUUGUGUUGUCAAAUAAAUAAUCAAUAAAACUGCUAAAA